UGGAAAAAGUGACAUACUUUAACUAUAGCUCACAGAGACAGUGCUGUGACGGGAGAAGAACUCAGAUUUAUUUCUAAUGGUUUACUAUUUAAACACAAACCUCCAGUAAUCGCGUCAACGGGAUAUUUCAUUUGCCACAAAUCAAAUCAGGAAGGAUCACCAUCUGGACGAGCCUCCGAGCAAAGGAUGAGUUGUCUUCACUUUAAAAGUAAAGUGGAUUAGCGGAUUAUCUCGCCUCUCGUGUCACAGGAUCGCUAAAAUACGUCGAUGUUACAAACAAUGAACUGGCGAUCACGGCAACUUUUUCUGGGGCUCUUUUUCAUCGAAACCAGCAAAUAGCUUUACGGUCAGAAAUGGAUCGACGGCUUCUGUGUCAAUACUGUAAAGCGACGUUUCUUCUGAGUUCCUGGUAUCCGCUAACGUAUGAGACUAAACGAAUAUAUGAUGGAAUCUGGAAAUUAUUAAAAUGACGUGCUAACAAAAUGCGAGGAUUUUGUUCAGUUUGCUGUCAGAGGUUUUUGCUUUUUAUUUAGUUUUUCAAACAAAAAUCUGUUUUAUGAGAGUUGGCUGCAUUUUCUCAAGGGAAUUUGAACACAGUUUAAACACCCGGGAAAAGUCUGGAAAAGAUAAAUAAUGCCGCCCCACAUGUGAGUAUAACUUUGACUCAUUUUUUGGUUUCUGUGAAGGAGGAUCUUUCCAAGAAGGAAGCCUUCACAUCUGUUUCUUGGAUCAUGGCUGUGGAGUGCAUACAGAGGUCUUCGUCUCUGCUCUGUCUCUUGGCUGUGAUACAAGUUUUCUUUGGCAUCUCGUCUGCGUCUGAUAGAUCUUUGAAUGAGGACGCUGAACAGCGAGCAGGCAAUAUCACCAUGUCAUCGCAUCUUCACCCCAAGCUAUACUUUGAUCAGAACGAGGUGCAUUUGAUGAAAAAAAGGGCAGACACCACACACAGACACAUAUUCACAGUUAUUCACAAUGCUGUUUCCACUAUGUUAUCCAACGCAGCAGUUUAUCAGCCACCUUUGAACCACGAGGAAUUCGGCAAGAAAUGGAACGAGAUUUACGGCAACAAUUUACCCCCCCUCGCUCUAUACUGUCUGCUCCGGCCCAACGAUGCGGCCGCCUCUCAGUUUCUGAUUGAGUACAUGGAUCGAAUGGUGAAGUAUCCAGACUGGAUGGUAUCCAGCGCCCCGAACGAUGAAGUGCCGGUGGCCCACUCGCUCACUGGGUUUGCCACAGCAUAUGAUUUCAUUUAUCCCUUUCUCGACACGCAGAGAAGAUUCCGCUAUCUGAAGAAAAUCAGAUCGACUACGGAGGAACUUUUUGAGCUGUCUAAGCACAGAGGAUGGGGGAGGCAGUUUCUCCAGAACCACCAGACAACCAAUAUACUAGCCAUUCUCAUCGGCGCUCUCGUGGCGGGGGAACAUAAUGACCCCGUGACCAUGAUAUGGAAGCAAGUCUCAGUCAACUACAUGGAAAAGACGAUGUUUCUUCUCAGCCACAUUGUUGAUGGUUCUCUCGACGAGGGUGUCGCGUAUGGAAGCUAUACGGCAAAAUCCAUCACUCAGUAUGUUUACUUGGCAUCGCGUCAUUUUCAAAUAGACAACACACAAAACAACUGGUUGAGGAUGCACUUCAUGUUUUAUUACGCUACUUUGCUUCCUGGAUUUCAGAGGACGGUUGGCAUCGCCGACUCCAACUACAACUGGUUUUACGGGCCAGAGAGUCAGCUUGUGUUUUUGGAUUCGUACGUGCUCCGCAAUGGCUCGGGGAACUGGCUGGCACAGCAGAUCAGGAAGCAUCGUCCAAAAGACGGACCCAUGAUGCAAUCGGCAGCACAGCGGUGGGCCACUUUACAUACGGAGUACAUAUGGUAUGAUUCGGAGUUAACUCUUCAGGCUCCGGCUGACUUUAAUAAAGCAAACAUGCACAUAUUCUCCAACUGGGGUGUGGUGACAUAUGGAGCAGGGUUACCUCGGGCUCAUGGUAAUACCUUUGUGUCCUUUAAAUCUGGAAAAUUAGGAGGCCGGGCCGUGUAUGAUAUCGUCCACGCCCAACCUUAUUCUUGGGUAGACGGCUGGAUGAGCUUCAACCCAGGGCACGAGCACCCUGAUCAGAAUUCUUUCACCUUUGCACCCAAUGGACAGGUAUUCGUGUCUGAGGCCUUGUAUGGCCCUAAAUACAGUCACCUGAACAAUGUACUGGUAUUUGCUCCCUCCCCCACCAGUCAAUGUAGCCAGCCCUGGGAGGGGCAGUUAGGGGAAUGUUCAAAGUGGCUGCGAUGGGGAGAGAAAGAAGUCGGAGAUACAGCGGGGGAGGUCAUUGCUGCCUCGAAGCAUGUAGACAUGUUAUUUGUGAGCGGAGAGUCCGUGUCGGCCUAUUCAUCUGCCAUGAAGCUAAAGAGCGUGUAUCGAGCGCUGGUGCUUCUCAACUCGCAAACAUUAUUAGUGUUAGACCACGUGGAGAAACAAGAGCACUCGCCUAUCAAUUCUAUGAGUGCGUUUUUUCACAACCUAGACAUUGACUUCAGGUACGCUCUUCAGAGAUCUUUCGGAAAGUACAACGGAGCUUUUAUGGAUGUGUGGGAUGCCCAUUACAAAAUGUUUUGGCUGGACAUGCAUGGAUCCAGCCCCGUUGCCAGGAUACAGGAGGCAGAGCAGGCUGCUGAGUUCAAGAAAAGAUGGACGCAAUACAUAAACGUGACCUUUCCCAUAGAGAGCCCAGUCACCAGAGUGGCGUUUCUGAUGCAUGGCCCGUAUGUGAAGGUCUCGGACUGCAAAUUCACAGACGUCAGUAAAAACGGAGUGCGGCUAUCCGUGAUAAUUAAUGACACGGAAACUGUCGUGUCGGUUGUUACAAACUACAAAGAUAUCGAGGCCAGACAGAGCUACUUGGGCUUUGCAGGAUUCGCUAAAACAGAGGACAAGAAUAAAAUAGUUCAGUUCGGCCAAGGAGUUCAACACUUGCCGAGUCAUGUCACAAGUAUUCACAGGCAAAUAUUUGACUUUGGACUGUUGGUAAACAUCUCUGCAGUACUGACUCUGUAUUUUGCAAUAGGUUUUAUGAUAAGGAAAAGAAAGUUCCACAUGUCUUUUAAUAUGCUCAUUCAUUGCACUCUCAUCUGCGUGCUGUUUUUGUGGGUGACUGAACUUCUCUCAAUGUUUUACGGCUGUGAACAGCUCCUGUGCAAUAUUAAACUAAAAGACCAAAGCUUGAACGAUAAAAUGGACACCAGUGAAGAAAUCCCUGAUGGUUUACCUGUGAUCACCAUCACGUCUAUACCAGGCUCGGGUAUGGAGAUCCUCCAGCACCUUUUCGAUAACAGCUCUGACUUCGUAUUCCUCCGAGUCCCAUCCACGUACCUCCGAUUCCCUUCAUCUCCAUUGGUCUCUCUGGUGGACUCGUGUGAGUGGUCCAAAACAGAUGCACAGAAUGGACAAUUUAGAGUCAUUCAAGGAUGGUUCCACUCCAUAGUGCACAAUGUGAAACUGCAUCUGCAGAACAUUCAGUUGUACAAGAGCAAUGAUGAGACGGGGCCUAAGGUCAAGAGAAAGAAAAGGAUGCUGCUGUCAGAUCAAAGGAGCACUGGAGGACGCAAGGCUGUCCACAGGGACAUAAACUACAUACAGGAGCUGAGACGGCACCUGUCAAAGUACCCAAAUGCCCGGCCGGUGUUGAGCAUGGGCAGUGGCGGGUGGUUCUUAAAGCUGCCGUUUCUUCGAGAGGUCAUCGGGCCUUCACUUCGCUCGGUUCAUGUGGUCAGAGACCCCCGGGCGUGGAUUUACAUCAUGCUGUAUGGCAGUAAACCCAGCUUGUACUCAAGCAAGAAUAUUAAAAGACACAUAGCCAACAUGUUUAACAGUAACGCUCAUGUACACGGGGGCGCUACGACGAACCCAGAGUUUCUAUCUUUAAAGAAAAUUCUCUCUCAGUCAGACCCCAAUCCUGUAAGGCUGCUUGCUGAACUGUGGCUGGCUCAUAAUUCUGCAGGGUUUAGGGUGAGCCAACGCCUCCCAUCAAACACUUAUCUUAUAGUCAAAUUUGAGGAUAUUGUACAUUUUCCUGAAGAAACAGCUGGAAGGAUCCAUGACUUUAUUGGAAUUCCUUUGGCACCGGCGGCUUUAAACCAGCUGACAUUUGCCACAUCCACAAAUCUGUAUAAUCUGAUAUAUGAAGGAGAUAUAUCACCUGCCAAAGUCAACGUUUGGAAAGAUAAUAUGGAAUCAAACGAGAUUAAACUCAUUGAGGACACAUGUUGGCCUGUUAUGGAGAGGCUAGGUUAUACAAGACAUACUGUCAGUCACUCUUUCUUGUGAAUCAAUGUCAGUGUUUUUUAUGCAUUUUUCAUUAUGUACCAACAGAUUGUGUUUUUGAGGAAAUUUGCAUUCAAGAUGUCUGCAAAUAAUGCCUUUUUGAAAGCCUUUGCCAUUUUUCUUGUGAAGUAUUUCAAAGAUGACUUGUUUUGUGCUCUGUUUUAAUAUACUGGAAUCAAUGUUUACAUGCUCCUUCAAGUGUUAUACACAAAACUGAUUCAUGAAUAUUUAGUAUGUGGUCACAGCUCACGAACAAUAAUGGGAGCAUUUCCCAACAGAUAGGUCUCUUUCGGGUAUGAUCACUAUUGUUUUUAGGUCUGUUGAAAGAAAUUUGCUAUUUAUGUUAUAGUUUUGCGAUUGCUUCAUUGUAACUAUUUACUGAACGAUAAUGUGAGAAAUAAUUGACUCAAAAAUAUUAAAGUCUGGUGAGUUCAGUAGUCA